AUGGAUCCAGACCAAGAACAUGGGUUGGAGGGAGAAGGACCCAGCUCAACCAAUCGCGCCAAGAAGCAGCGCCUCUCACGCAAGUAUCGUGGAUUGACAUGUGCCAAUUGUCGCAUCAAAAAGGUUCGCUGCGAGGGUGGUCAGCCAACCUGCAAGACAUGCGAGAUCUAUCAUGUCGAAUGUCGUUAUGACAAACCACCACCACUCUCUCAGGUCGUCGCCAUGGCCAAGAAGCUACAAGAGGCAGAAGAAAAACUUGAGCGUCUUCAAGGGGCCGAAUCAACGACUGCUCGUCCAGCGAUCAGGCCACCAAGUGUUGACGGUGCAGUACCUCACACAACUCAAUUCAUAACCAACAUUAUACCUACCAACGCACAAUUAGUACCAGCGCAUCAGACGAGACCACCUCCAAUUGAAGUUCCGUUGGAACCUUAUCGCCGCCAAAGCCACCAAGAUAUCGAAAGCUCUGCGGGUUCAGCACCAGCAAUCACUGGCACGCCCCAGGAAUCACUAGCUAGAGACAUAAGCCUCGACGAACACGGAAAAAUAUGCUAUUAUGGCCCAACCUCUGCCGUACAUGAACCAAUAGGUCUUGCAUCCCCAUCGACCAAUUCUUUGGGUCUCGGCGAGAAUCCCAGAAGGGGUAACUUACGCGAUUAUUUGGUAUCACGAGCUAGAGAAUCGACAAUCUGGGAGGACUUUGCAUUGGGGAAUGCCGCAGUACAAGUUGGUCUUCCUCGUCCAGUCAUAGCAAAGCUACUUCAUCUGCAUUGGAGUUGGGUUGCCCCAAUGUUCAUGUGGGUGUAUAGACCAGCAUUUAUGCGUGACAUGACCACCGGUGGGCGUUACUAUUCUGAGCUUCUUCUACUCGUGCUGUGUGCCCAUGCCUCCAAAUACUAUGAUAGCAGCCAUUCUCAGCUUCUUUUCAACCGUGUUCGACUACUACUCGGCGAAGAAAUCCAGAAGCCAAGCUCGAUCCCCACUAUACAAGCCCUCCUUCAACUAAGUGCUAGAGAACUCGCACAAGGAGCCAUUUCACAAGCGUGGCUGUAUAGUGGCAUGGCGUUUCGCAUGUCCGCCGAUCUUGGCCUACAGCACAAUGGCCCAGAUAUUGCUGAUCUCAAGGGACUGGACCCUGUGGAUCUAGAAAUACGAAAGAGAUUGUUUUGGAGCUGCUAUUUCUGGGAUAAAGCCAUUAGCCUUUAUACCGGGAGACUACCGGCAGUUACGGAGCUGCCGCAAAGUCCAAUUGACUUUAUGGAUGACUCGGCAGAAUCUGAUACCUGGUCACCCUACCACGAAGAUACUUCCCCUCUUACUCGACUACCGCCCAGUCAAUAUCCCGCUAUGCAGAGUCAUGCAGUCUCUUGCUUCGCCAAUUCAUGUCGACUAUCUGUCAUUAUUAACGACAUAAUUGUGCAGCUAUACGCUAAGAGAAGCCGAGAGAUGACCGAGGCAUCCUUGAACGACAUCAAGGCUCGGCUAGAUAGUUGGCGAAAUGAAUCUCCAGCACAUCUACGCUAUGAUCCAGAACAUUUACCUACAGCCUGUCCACCCCCACAUAUUAUCUCGCAAAAUUUACUGUAUUUCACUACUGUCAUCUUGGCUCAUCGUCCUUUUUGGUCCGCUCCAGCCUACUAUCAGGUGUGCAUAAGUGCAGCUUUGAGUAUGGAAAAACUUCUCCUACUACUAGAAUCAACCUUUGGCUUUGAAAACAUUACGUAUCUGAUGGGGUAUUGCAUCUACACUGGCGCAUCAGCGGUCCUCGAAGAUGCUAAAAACAACGGUGGUGCAUCGCAUCCCACUAUGCAGACCUUUCUCAGGGCACUGAAUGGUGGCAUGGCCAAAUGUCCAUUGCUGGAGCGAAGCUUGCACAUCAUCAUCAAAGGCCUCAAAAGAUCCCCCGUCUAUCGAGCACCAGACGAGAAUUGCCUGUCUGACAGUACCACCACCGCUGCUGCCGUCAACAGCUACAUUCCAGCGUUCCCCUAUCUGGAUCCCGUAAGUCCUAAUGAUUUCGAUAUGGAUGCGUAUCUUCACAGUAUGAUGAACAUGGAUACGAUGACUUCCCUGGACUGUUACCCUGAAUUGCAAAUUGAUUUGGACGAGAUGAUAAGACACGCACCACCAUAA